GAUAAUGAGCUGCAUGGUAAAAUAGGGAGGCCGGCGUUCAGGGCUCCGCCGCCGCCGCCGCCGCCGCCGCCGCCGCCGCCGCCGCCACCGCGGGAGCCACAGCUGCCGGGCGGAGCGGCAUCCGCGCCAGACUGGAGCGGGAGGGCGGUGGAGGGCAGUUGCUGGGAAUUUUUCAGCCGAGAGGGCUAGCGAUCCGGAGAGAGACCCCGCGAGCUUGGGAGCGGUAGGGAGCGCGAGCGCCGCAGCCAGCGGAGCAAACCUCUAAAUAGAUCUGGAAAGCCAGGCUCCCGGAGGAAAUGGGACUGUGAACGAACCGGAGAGCAAGAAGGGAAGGAAGCGCCGGGAUUGCUGAUGUCAGAGGAGCCCGGAAAGUCGCGCUGGAAAAAUCUGAAGACAGCCGGGGCUCUGCUUCUUCCCCACGAGAGACACCGCCGGUCGCCCCCACACGCCCCCUCGGCGCCUCCGGGUGCCCCCCGCGAGCCGGCGACAGCGCCCAGCAGGGCUGCUGCGGGGCGACGGAGGACUGAGGGGCGCGCGGAGCGGAGACCGAGGGGCGACUUCAGGAAUACAGAUAAGUGUCUGGUGGCUUGACGUGGAUUUUAAUGAAUUUGGACUCUAUGUGGAUUUGGUCGUCUCCCUGAUUCCGAGCUGCGGGCAGGGAGAGGGGCCUCGCGCCGCCCUCAGCAGCCGGCGGCUGAGGUACACGGAGCGGGGACGGAAGGACAGACCGACGUCGCCGAGCUGGAAUCAUGUGAGGGCCAAGCGGGGAAGGUGGAGCAGAUGAGCACACACAGGAGCGGUCUACUCACCACCGCCCCUCUCAGCAUGGAACAGAGGCGGCCCUGGCCCCGGGCCCCGGAGGUGGACAGCCGCUCUGUGGUCCUGCUGUCAGUGGUCUGGGUGCUGCUGGCCCCCACAGCAGCCGGCAUGCCUCAGUUCAGCACCUUCCACUCUGAGAAUCGUGACUGGACCUUCAACCACUUGACCGUCCACCGAGGGACGGGGGCCGUCUAUGUGGGCGCCAUCAACCGGGUCUAUAAGCUGACAGGCAACCUGACCAUCCAGGUGGCUCAUAAGACAGGGCCAGAAGAGGACAACAAGUCUUGUUACCCGCCCCUCAUCGUGCAGCCCUGCAGCGAAGUGCUCACCCUCACCAACAAUGUCAACAAGCUGCUCAUCAUUGACUACUCUGAGAACCGCCUGCUGGCCUGUGGGAGCCUCUACCAGGGGGUCUGCAAGCUGCUGCGGCUGGAUGACCUCUUCAUCCUGGUGGAGCCAUCCCACAAGAAGGAGCACUACCUGUCCAGUGUCAACAAGACGGGCACCAUGUACGGGGUGAUUGUGCGCUCCGAGGGUGAGGAUGGCAAGCUCUUCAUCGGCACAGCUGUGGAUGGGAAGCAGGAUUACUUCCCGACCCUGUCCAGCCGGAAGCUGCCCCGAGAUCCUGAGUCCUCAGCCAUGCUCGACUAUGAGCUACACAGCGAUUUUGUCUCCUCUCUCAUCAAGAUCCCUUCAGACACCCUGGCCCUGGUGUCCCACUUUGACAUCUUCUACAUCUACGGCUUUGCUAGUGGGGGCUUUGUCUACUUUCUCACUGUCCAGCCCGAGACCCCUGAGGGUGUGGCCAUCAACUCCGCUGGAGACCUCUUCUACACCUCACGCAUCGUGCGGCUCUGCAAGGAUGACCCCAAGUUCCACUCAUACGUGUCCCUGCCCUUCGGCUGCACCCGGGCUGGGGUGGAAUACCGCCUCCUGCAGGCUGCUUACCUGGCCAAGCCUGGGGACUCACUGGCCCAGGCCUUCAAUAUCACCAGCCAGGACGAUGUACUCUUUGCCAUCUUCUCCAAAGGGCAGAAGCAGUAUCACCACCCGCCCGAUGACUCUGCCCUGUGUGCCUUCCCUAUCCGGGCCAUCAACUUGCAGAUCAAGGAGCGCCUGCAGUCUUGCUACCAGGGCGAGGGCAACCUGGAGCUCAACUGGCUGCUCGGGAAGGACGUCCAGUGCACCAAGGCGCCUGUCCCCAUCGAUGAUAACUUCUGUGGACUGGACAUCAACCAGCCGCUGGGAGGCUCAACUCCAGUGGACGGCCUGACCCUGUACACCACCAGCCGGGACCGCAUGACCUCUGUGGCCUCCUACGUUUACAACGGCUACAGUGUGGUUUUUGUGGGGACUAAGAGUGGCAAGCUGAAAAAGAUUCGGGCCGACGGUCCUCCCCAUGGUGGGGUCCAGUACGAGAUGGUCUCUGUGCUCAAGGACGGAAGCCCCAUCCUCCGGGACAUGGCCUUCUCCAUUGAUCAGCGCUACCUGUAUGUCAUGUCUGAGAGACAGGUCACCAGGGUCCCCGUGGAGUCGUGUGAGCAGUAUACGACUUGUGGGGAGUGCCUGAGCUCUGGGGACCCUCACUGUGGCUGGUGUGCCCUGCACAACAUGUGCUCCCGCAGGGACAAAUGCCAACAGGCCUGGGAACCCAAUCGAUUUGCUGCCAGCAUCAGCCAGUGUGUGAGCCUCGCAGUGCAUCCCAGCAGCAUCUCAGUAUCUGAGCACAGCCGGAUGCUCAGCUUGGUAGUGAGUGAUGCUCCCGAUCUAUCUGCGGGUAUCGCCUGUGCCUUUGGGAACCUGACAGAGGUGGAGGGGCAGGUGUCCGGGAGCCAGGUCAUCUGCAUCUCACCUGGGCCCAAGGAUGUCCCUGUCAUCCCGCUGGAUCAAGACUGGUUUGGGCUGGAGCUACAGCUGAGGUCCAAGGAGACAGGGAAGAUAUUUGUCAGCACCGAGUUUAAGUUUUACAACUGCAGUGCUCACCAACUGUGCCUGUCCUGUGUCAACAGCGCCUUCCGCUGCCAUUGGUGCAAGUACCGCAACCUCUGCACUCAUGACCCCACCACCUGCUCCUUCCAGGAGGGCCGGAUCAAUAUUUCAGAGGACUGUCCCCAGCUGGUGCCCACAGAGGAGAUCUUGAUUCCAGUUGGGGAGGUAAAGCCAAUCACUCUUAAGGCUCGAAACCUGCCCCAGCCGCAGUCCGGCCAGCGAGGCUAUGAGUGUGUCCUCAACAUACAAGGAGCCAUCCACCGGGUCCCAGCCCUGCGCUUCAACAGCUCCAGCGUUCAAUGCCAGAACAGCUCGUACCAGUAUGAUGGCAUGGACAUCAGCAAUCUGGCCGUGGAUUUCGCUGUGGUGUGGAAUGGCAAUUUCAUCAUUGACAACCCUCAGGACCUGAAAGUCCAUCUCUACAAGUGUGCAGCCCAGCGGGAGAGCUGCGGCCUCUGCCUCAAGGCCGACCGGAAGUUUGAGUGUGGCUGGUGCAGCGGCGAGCGCAGGUGCACCCUCCACCAGCACUGUACCAGCCCCUCCAGCCCCUGGCUCGACUGGUCCAGCCACAAUGUCAAGUGCUCCAACCCUCAAAUCACAGAGAUUUUGACGGUGUCUGGACCGCCGGAAGGAGGGACGCGAGUGACCAUCCAUGGUGUGAACCUGGGUCUGGACUUCUCUGAGAUCGCCCACCAUGUGCAGGUGGCUGGGGUGCCCUGCACGCCCCUCCCAGGGGAAUACAUCAUCGCUGAGCAGAUUGUCUGUGAGAUGGGCCAUGCCCUCGUGGGAACCACCUCUGGGCCAGUACACCUGUGCAUUGGCGAGUGUAAGCCAGAGUUCAUGACCAAGUCCCAUCAGCAGUACACCUUCGUGAACCCUUCUGUGCUGUCACUCAACCCAAUCCGAGGUCCUGAGUCAGGAGGCACUAUGGUGACCAUUACCGGCCAUUACCUUGGGGCUGGGAGCAGCGUGGCAGUCUACCUGGGCAACCAGACCUGCGAGUUCUACGGGAGGUCAAUGAGUGAGAUCGUGUGUGUCUCACCCCCAUCAUCCAAUGGCCUUGGCCCAGUCCCUGUUUCUGUGAGUGUCGACCGAGCCCGUGUGGAUAACAACCUGCAGUUUGAGUACAUAGAUGACCCUCGGGUCCAGCGCAUUGAGCCAGAGUGGAGCAUUGCCAGUGGCCACACACCCCUGACCAUCACAGGCUUCAACCUGGAUGUCAUUCAGGAGCCAAGGAUCCGAGUCAAAUUCAAUGGCAAAGAAUCUGUCAAUGUGUGUAAAGUUGUGAACACAACCACCCUCACCUGCCUGGCACCCUCUCUGACCACGGACUACCGCCCUGGCCUGGACACUGUGGAACGCCCGGAUGAGUUCGGAUUUGUCUUUAACAAUGUCCAAUCCUUGCUAAUUUACAACGACACCAAGUUUAUCUACUACCCCAACCCGACCUUUGAACUGCUCAGCCCUACUGGAGUCUUGGAUCAAAAGCCAGGAUCGCCCAUCAUUCUGAAGGGCAAAAACCUCUGCCCUCCUGCCUCUGGAGGGGCCAAACUCAACUACACUGUGCUCAUCGGAGAGACCCCUUGCGCCGUCACCGUAUCUGAGACCCAGCUUCUCUGCGAGCCUCCCAACCUCACUGGGCAGCACAAGGUCAUGGUUCACGUGGGCGGGAUGGUGUUCUCGCCUGGCUCGGUGAGUGUCAUCUCAGACAGCUUGCUGACCCUGCCAGCCAUCGUCAGCAUCGCGGCCGGCGGCAGCCUCCUCCUCAUCAUCGUCAUCAUCGUCCUCAUUGCCUACAAGCGCAAGUCUCGAGAAAAUGACCUCACUCUCAAGCGGCUGCAAAUGCAGAUGGACAAUCUGGAGUCCCGCGUGGCCUUGGAAUGCAAGGAAGCUUUUGCUGAGCUCCAGACGGAUAUCAAUGAGUUGACCAGUGACCUGGACCGCUCGGGAAUCCCUUACCUGGACUAUCGUACCUACGCUAUGCGAGUCCUGUUCCCAGGCAUCGAGGACCACCCCGUCCUGCGGGAGCUGGAGGUACAAGGAAACGGGCAGCAGCACGUGGAGAAGGCCCUGAAGCUCUUUGCUCAGCUCAUCAAUAACAAGGUGUUCCUGCUGACCUUCAUCCGCACCCUGGAGCUGCAGCGCAGUUUCUCCAUGCGCGACCGGGGCAACGUGGCUUCGCUCAUCAUGACCGGCCUGCAGGGCCGCCUGGAGUACGCCACUGAUGUCCUCAAGCAGCUGCUCUCUGACCUCAUCGAUAAGAACCUGGAAAACAAGAACCACCCCAAGCUGCUACUCCGGAGGACAGAGUCUGUGGCUGAAAAGAUGCUGACCAAUUGGUUCGCCUUCCUCCUGCACAAGUUCCUAAAGGAGUGCGCGGGGGAGCCACUCUUCAUGCUAUACUGCGCCAUCAAGCAGCAGAUGGAGAAGGGCCCCAUUGACGCCAUCACAGGCGAGGCCCGCUACUCCCUGAGCGAGGACAAGCUCAUCCGGCAGCAGAUCGAGUACAAAACCCUGAUCCUGAACUGCGUCAACCCUGACAACGAGAACAGUCCAGAGAUCCCAGUGAAGGUGUUAAACUGUGACACCAUCACACAGGUCAAGGAGAAGAUUCUUGAUGCCGUGUAUAAGAAUGUGCCCUAUUCCCAGCGGCCGAGGGCGGUGGACAUGGACUUGGAGUGGCGCCAAGGCCGGAUCGCCCGGGUCGUGCUGCAAGAUGAGGACAUCACCACCAAGAUUGAGGGCGACUGGAAGCGGCUCAACACACUGAUGCAUUAUCAGGUGUCAGACAGGUCGGUGGUGGCUCUGGUCCCCAAACAGACCUCCUCCUACAACAUCCCUGCCUCUGCCAGCAUCUCCCGGACGUCCAUCAGCAGAUACGACUCCUCCUUCAGGUAUACGGGCAGCCCCGACAGCCUGCGGUCCCGGGCCCCGAUGAUCACCCCAGACCUGGAAAGUGGGGUCAAAGUGUGGCAUCUGGUGAAGAAUCAUGACCACGGUGACCAGAAGGAGGGUGACCGGGGCAGCAAGAUGGUGUCCGAGAUCUACCUGACCCGACUACUGGCCACCAAGGGCACCCUGCAGAAGUUCGUGGAUGACUUGUUUGAGACCUUGUUCAGCACUGUGCACCGGGGCAGCGCUCUCCCCCUGGCCAUCAAGUACAUGUUUGAUUUCCUAGAUGAGCAGGCAGACAGGCACAGCAUCCAUGACACAGAUGUGCGGCACACCUGGAAGAGCAACUGCCUCCCUCUGCGCUUCUGGGUGAAUGUGAUUAAGAACCCCCAGUUCGUGUUUGACAUCCACAAGGGCAGCAUCACGGAUGCCUGCCUCUCUGUGGUGGCCCAGACCUUCAUGGACUCUUGUUCAACGUCAGAGCACCGGCUGGGCAAGGACUCCCCCUCCAACAAGCUGCUCUAUGCCAAGGACAUCCCCAGUUACAAGAGCUGGGUGGAGAGAUACUACGCAGACAUCGCCAAGCUCCCAGCCAUCAGUGACCAGGACAUGAAUGCCUACCUCGCCGAGCAGUCCCGCCUGCACGCCGUGGAGUUCAACAUGCUGAGUGCCCUCAAUGAGAUCUACUCCUACGUCAGCAAGUAUAGUGAGGAGCUCAUCGGGGCCCUUGAGCAGGAUGAGCAGGCACGGCGGCAGCGGCUGGCUUAUAAGGUGGAGCAGCUCAUUAAUGCCAUGUCCAUUGAGAGCUGAGAGGAGGAGCCUCGCAUUCCUGGGAAGAGGGACCUGUCCAAGCUGUCACACUGGGAGUCUCAGAUGGAAGGACAAGUGAUGGGGAUCAGGCCCCAGAGCUUGCUGUCCCCUAAGACCCCAUCCUGGGGAGAGGGGAGGGCCCCUCUCCCUAUGCCAGCCAAGUUUCGUCACAGCCAGUUCCAGCUGGGAGAGACAGUGGGCAUCAUCCAUCCUCAGUGAGAACACCAGAGAACCCGGGGCCAGGAGAAGGUGGUUCUUCAAAGCCGAGAGGCACGAGCUGGGGACAGUUCUGCCUCUGUGACUGCUGCUUUGCAUGAAAACUCAUUUGAUGUAUAUUGGGGAAAUAAUGAGAACUUUAUUUAAUUUUUUUUAAGAAAAAGGGAAAAAAACAGAAAUAAAACAAAAAGCCGCCCUGUUAAUCCCGUCCAACUUUUGUUUAAUUCUGAUUUCUGUCUCCCUUCCUUCUUUUCUCCCAUUCCUCCUUCUUUAUAUAAUGCCUAUUUCCAAAUGCCAGAGAAAGCAAAGAGAUGCUGAGAGACAUUGGAGAGAAAAUGACUGUCUCCUUUUCCUUGAAAUUAAAAAAAAAAAAAAAAGAGGAAGAGGAGGAGAAGAAGAAUGAGCACAAGUAUGCACCAAACACUUCGCAAAAACAGAGGCCAGUAAAACCUGGAAUUAUCCCGGCAGCCAGAAGAGCAUGGAACUUCCAGAACUUUGCACAAAUUGCAAAGCCAUCAAGAGCUCACCCUGGCUGACUGGAAACUGAGCUUUAUCUACCACACACCUGUAUAUUCUCAUCUUUUGAGAGGAGAUGUGUACCUAGAUAGUACCAAUGCUUUUUGCUACUGUUUUUUGUUUUGUUUUAUUCAAUCCUAAACCUCAACAAAUGAGGAGCUGGUCUUUGAUAUGUUUCCUUUCAAUUUCCCUAAAGUUACUAUGAGAAGUGGUGUGAGGUGGGCUUCUCCCAGACCAGACACCUGGCAGCCCUGCCUCAUAUCAAUCCCUGUCAUAAACCAGGCACCCUGGGGAAACAGCCUGGAGGUGUGUGGGCCAGGCCUCCAUGAGGUUCCAUUUGAAAGUUGAUUUGGAGACAUGGGUGUUUGACUUUGGAGUUCACUCCAAUCAUGCAGUGGUCCCUGGCAAUUAAAAAGAAAACAAAAAUCAAACACUGUUUACAGCAAGCAAUACUUGAAGAGCAUAGGUUACAGAAGCUGCAGUAUUUAUUAUUAUGCUUUCUUUCUUUCAUUCUCUUGUGCCUGGAGAGGGGAGACCACCCUUCGCUCAUAUACGGAAGCUCCUGACCAUCUGGGCCUACAGCACUUCCUCAGUAGAAAUGACUGUGGUAUGCCCACGUUACUACCUUCUGCCUCUCUUUCUGCCUCUCACGGACUUGUGAGUGUGAAGGACAAGUGGAUGACUUCUCACUGGACUUUCCUUCUCUGUCUCUUCUGAUGAUGCCUAAAACUAUGGAUAACCAAUUCUCCUGAGUGUAGUUUCCAAACAAAGAGACCAAAGCUCCAUGCCCAGGUCCAGAGGCCCCAUAGAAGCCAGUGGGAGUCGUCGAGAGGAAAGGCGCUCUGUUGGUGUCAGGACCUUGGUGGCCAGGAUAGCCAUCAGAGUGUCCAGGCCUCCCACAUUAGCUUGGAUCUGAGCAGCCAGCUCCAACUUUUCUGCAAGCAGCAUUGGAGUCAGGGGGUAGGAGGACAAGUGGAAGCAAAGGGGUGGGACUGGGGAAGACAAAGAGGAAAAAGCUGCCCUUCCUCACUUUUCAAAGGGUCAGGAAUCCUAGGCUAUGAUGCUGGGAAGCUAGACCAGCUCCUCCAAGAGAGACUAGACCAGGGUCAUUUUCUCUGUUAUUAACUCUGGGCUCCAGCUUCUCCGUGCCCUGCUUUACCUCCAAGUGGUUCCAAUUUCCAAAGGCCCUGCUGACCACAUGUGAUUCCCAGGAGAGGGAUGGGGAAGGGGAGCGAGUGCAGAGGGCUGGCUUCCAUCCUUGGCGUGUAGCUUUGGAUCUCUGUCUAACCACACAGCAGACGCUGCCUGGUCUCCCCAGCUCUGGUUUCUUGCCUGAAUGCGGUUGACAAAUGGGAAGAGAAAAGCAUUCAGCAAAAUACUCAGGAAACUUGCUGUUUUCAUUAUAAUUCACAACCAGCCAUGCCAAGGCCACUUUCUUUUGAAAAUCCACUUUUGUUAAAGUUUCUCGGGCCCUAUUAAUAGCCUGAAGGAAAUACUAAUGACUGGCUUUCCGCACUAAGCCAAAGUGUUUGCUCUUCAUAGCACUCAAAGCUUAUCAGCGCAGAGCCCAUAAUUUAUGGAGAUAAAAGGAAAGGAGAUAUAGGCAAGAAGAGUGUGACCAGGAGACUUUACGCUACUCAUAAAAAAGUCCAGCCCACCCCAUCUAACUUCUGAGCUCUGUUUGGGUGAAGAUUUUCUGGCCGCACGGCUGCUCAGACUGGCAUCCAGGCUUUGCUCCACCAGGAAGUUAAAGGCAGUCGGACAUCUCAGCAGCAUCUCUACCAGCCCUUAACUCGAUGCAUCUACCUGGCAUCUUCCAGCAGUUACUUUUGGAGAUGAUUCACUGCCCCUGGGGCGUUUCCUUGAAUAUUUGUGGAGAGCGUGGAGAAUGAUGGAGCAAUGGCCAAUUGGAGGGUGGAGAGUGAAGAGCCAGAGCUGGCUGUGAGUGGUUUGGCCACAUUUCUCAGGAUUCCAUGAGAUAGUUGGGGAACUUGGGCUGACAAAGGAAGUAGCCUGGGGCAUCCUUAAGGAAGGAAUUAAGAAAAGGGAAAAAGCUGGACUCAAGCCAUGCCAUGAGGGUGAAAGGUUAUAAGGCCCUGCCCCGUUUCCAGCUGCCCACCUGUUCCUCCUCCACACCUCUUCGCUUUGGGCCACCAAGAACCAAUGAAGUCCACACCCUUUGGAUGAGAAAAAGAGGGAGUUGGUUGGCCUCUCUUCUCCCUGUUAUCCAAUUUAAGGAUAUUUUGACCUUGGGUAAGGAUGAAGUGUUAAAGCCACAGCUCCUCUCCACAAGAAGCCAUUCAUCUUGGGGGAGGCAGAGAGGGAAGUCUCUCUCCAAAGUCUAUCCAGCUUUGCUUCGUUUCAUUCAUCUGCACAAGAGACAAUGCUCUGGAAAAGGAAGAGGACCCCAGAAGGGUGCUUGGCAAGACAGAGGAUGCUAAUGGGCAACGGAGAGCACUCCCUCCAGCUGGCCCCUGCUGCUGCCUCCCGUCCUCUGCAUGGGGUCAGGUGCUUCUGUGCUUGCCGUCCUACCUCUCUCCACAGCACGGCUCUCAAAACCAUUUUGAUCCCCCAUUGGCAGAGGGUUCUCCUCUUUACAGAGUUCAGUCAUUAAAAGCAUGGAUCAGCUGUUAAUCUCAUUGGAGGAGGGAACUGUUUCCUGCAUUCAUUCAUCUGGGAACCUUCUUGAGUAGCCACUGUCUGCCAGCCACUGCUCUAGAGAUGGGAAAACAGCGCGGAACAAAACCAAGUUCUUUCUUCCAGCGAAUUUAUAUCCUUCAGGAAGCUAAGUUGCCACCAACUUAGCAGGCAACAGUUCUCCUCCCCUAGUGGCACAGGGUACCAGUUUUGUAGGAAAAGUUGUCCAGCAAAGGAAGAAAGCAGACCAACCCAGCUGCCUUACCUUAUUCUGGGGCCAUUCCCCCAGCGAUGAGAGCUGCUCUUGUUUCUACUGCCCGCAUCUCUUCUGGCUGCACUUCACCUGCUGCUUGAGCUUCUGACCUUCCUUCAAUUCCACCAAACGAGGACAGGAAAUAGCAGUCAAAACCCCUGGCCCUGCUGAGCAUGAAACAGAAGCAAUGGAUGAGUGUGCUGGACGAAGAAUGGCCUGGGCAGAACAAAUAGGGAGCAUUUGAAAGCUUCUGGCUGAUAAAUCUCCAGGUGCAUCCCGGUUGCCACACCUGUCCCCAUUAACCUGCUCCUGGUAAAUACUGAUCCAGCAGCUGCUCCAGGAGAGGCCAUUUUUUUCCCAGCCACACUGUGUCUUGCAUGAGACUCCUGGGGCCUGGGCACAGAGAGAAAAGAAUUGAGACUCAGGAGGCUCGGUGGGUGAGAAAAUGCAAAGUGGCUUCAUAGACACAGGGCUGUGGGAGCAGAUCGACGGGGAACUUGGGAGAUGAACUUCAGGGCCUUCCGACGCCUUGUCUCAGGAACAUGCUUUGAGAAAAAUGGUAGCAUCCUUUCCAUAACUCAGUCUCUCUUCCCUAGCUUCCCUGAAGUGUGAUGUUUUAGUAUCUGGAGCUCAGUGAUCCCCAUGAAUGAGGGAUAAAGUUUCACUCUUGGUAUUUUCUAACUAGUGCUAGGGAAAGUCCUGAGACACGAUCACAGCCACUGCUUGGCAUACAGGGCCUCCGCCCAAUAAGCAAACUGGAGAUUCCUCAGCCUCUUGUGGACACCCACAUCUCAUUCUUCUCACCGCAGAGAAGCUCUCCCUUCAGCCUGAGCUGUCUUCUUUCUGCUGCAGUGCAGCCUGCUCCUUCCUACCCUGGCCUCAAGGAAGGUGGGAAACAUCUUCUGCAUUUCAAAGUCCUCACUUUGACUUAUUUGGCCUUCGUCUUGGCAUGGAAGGUGGCAGGCAGAAUGGAAAUGGUCCCCCCAAACAGAACAGAUAUUCUUGCGUGUGUAAGGGCAGAAGGGACAAGCUCUCUAUCCCAUGAGACUAGGGGCCGGAGCCCACCUGCCUUUCCCCACAACUUUUCCUGCUCAAACCCACUCCUCUUGACACACUGGAAUCUGUAGUAUAUAUAUUUUUAAGAAAAUACAAUGAUGGUUGUCUGGUUUUGUUGUUUUUACAGGUGUUGUGGAAUAAAAACUGUAAGAAAAUUAAGUAUUUAAAAUGUUCCAAUAAAGUGGGGUUUUUUGUUAUUCUAAUAUAUUAUUGUGUACCUAUUGUAAAUAUGAAACACUCCUAUUUUGCAAGCUGAGGACACAAUUUGUACUGUUGUUAUAUAUAAAUAAAGUUUACUGUAUUAAAAAAA